GGAAGGCGCGUGGCGGGAGCUUGCGGAGCCGGCCCGUGUGAGCACGGUGAGGCGGGGCGAGCGGCAGCCCAGGGCGGCCCGAGCCGGCGGGGUGGGGCGCAGUCCCCUCCUCGGCUUCCGCAGGGCCUGCGGGUAAACACCCUGGCUGGUGUCCCGUCGGUUUUCUUGGUGGGCGGAACUAAUGCACAGAAACUGUCACUGAAGAAUUUUCGAGUGUCGGCGGGGGGCAGCUUGAGACGGGUCUCCCGUCCCGAUCCGCUGGUGUGACUCCGGGCUCCUUCCUCCGCAGCCUUCGUUCCGACCCCCUGGGAUUUCUCUUCCCGAGGUGGCCAUGGAUGCUUCGACUCUGCCCCCCACACCCUCUUCUCCGAGGUGCAGCCCAGCCCCCCGCACAAUCCACAUUGAGUUCCCUCAUCAUAGCUCUUCGCUGCUGGAGUCCCUGAACCGCCACAGGCUGGAGGGGAAGUUCUGCGAUGUGUCCCUCCUGGUUCAGGGCCGGGAACUUAGGGCUCACAAAGCGGUGUUGGCUGCUGCUUCUCCUUACUUCCACGACAAGCUGCUUUUGGGGGACGCGCCCCGACUCACUUUACCGAGUGUCAUUGAGGCGGAUGCCUUCGAGGGACUGCUGCAGCUCAUUUACUCAGGGCGCCUCCGUCUGCCCCUGGAUGCGCUCCCUGCCCAUCUCCUCGUAGCCAGCGGCCUGCAGAUGUGGCAGGUAGUAGAUCAGUGCUCAGAGAUCCUUCGAGAACUUGAAACCUCAGGUGGUGGGAUAUCAGCUGGUGGAGGAGCCUCCUACCACACACUUCUUUCCACAACAUCUUCGGGAGGCUGGUGCAUUCGCUCUUCCCCUUUCCAGAACCCAGCCCAGCCCUCUGCUUCGACAGAGAAUUCUGCUUCUACUGAGAGCCCCAUUGGAGGGGAGGCGAGUGAACUAGAAGAAGUGUUACAGAUUCAGGUGAAAGAAGAGGAGGAGGAGCAGGGGGCAGCAGCCCUGCUCUUUCAGACUCCUCCACCUCAGAGAAUAUCCGGAGGGUUUUCCCAAGCUUGUGGAUCCCACCCGCUGCCUACGUCCGCUCUUCCCAGCAAGCCUCCAGAGGAUGAGAGUUCAACCCUUGAGCCUCCUGCCCCUCCUGUACGAGCUCCCCAAGUCUUAUAUGUUAAUCAGGAACCCCUUGAGUCUAAGGAGGAGACGGCAGGAGGUAGGACUCUGUCUGGAGGAGCGAAGGAGAAGACCAAAGCACUCCCUGGAGGGGACCCUGAGGGAAAUGAGGAGCUAAGAUACUUGCUGUCCUCAGGAGGAGGGGAAACAUCUGGGGCAGGAGAUCCAUCCUGGAAGCCAGUGGAUCUUCAUGGGAAUGAAAUCCUGUCAGGGGGUGGAGGCCCUGGAGGAUCAGGGCAAGCUGUGCAUGGGCCUGUGAAGCUGGGAGGGACACCCCCCGCAGAUGGAAAGUGCUUUGGCUGCCUGUGUGGAAAACGGUUUGCAGUAAAGCCGAAGCGAGACCGGCACAUCAUGCUGACCUUCAGCCUUCGUCCUUUUGGAUGCGGCGUCUGUAAUAAACGCUUCAAGUUGAAGCACCACCUGACUGAGCACAUGAAGACCCACGCUAGAGCCCUGCACGCGUGUCCCCACUGUGGCCGUCGGUUCCGUGUCCACGCCUUUUACCUUCGUCACCGGGACUUGUGCAAGGGCCAGGGCUGGGCCACGGCCCACUGGACUUACAAAUGACUGCUCGUGCGCUGUGCUGACUUCUAGGAUAAGAUAGGUGCUGCUGCUGCUGCUGCUGGAGUCUUACCCUUCCCCACCUCGGUCCUGGACUGUGUAGGCAUCCCAAGAGAUUAUAUAUGUUAUGAACCCCUUACUCUUGGCUAUGGGCCUCACCCUGGUGUACUUGGAAGUUCAGGUUUCUCAAUCCAGCUGUUUGUUAAGCAGACUGUAGGAAAGUCAUACUUUUGAUCACGUAACCUAAAUGACCCUUUUCGUAUUGCUAGCCAGUGAGGAAAGCACUGACUUCAGAUAGGUUAGUGGAAGGAGAGUUGGGACAGAAUGACCCAGUAACUUCGACUUCAUCUUCCCCAGGAGGUCAGGGAGCUGCUGUCUGAUGUGUUUGAUUCAGAGCUCAAGUCAUUGCCACACUAAGCUCUGAGCGUCCUCCCCGACACCGUCAGCCGCUCUGUUUCUAUACAUCUUUUUGCUCCUUCUUUCUAGAAGCUUUUUAGGUUGUACUUUGCUUUCUUACCAGUAGACACCUUCCCAAAUAUCCUUUUAAAAAAUGUUCUUGAGUAUGCAACAAGUAUGGGUACAGACACAUUUAAUCCCAGCACUUGGGAGGCAACGGGGGCAGACAGGUCUCUGUGAGCUCCAGACCAACCCGGGUAACAUAGUUAUCCAACAUAAAAGUUUCAGGCCAGUCAGGGCUACACAGUGAGACCUGGUCUUAAAAAAAGUACUUGAGCACUUUAACGUAUUGAGCAUUUCAUAUGUGAUUCCAAAGCCCCUAAGAGGCCCUUUCCUCAACAGCCUUUGCUCUUGUCUACCUUGGACCACCACUGACAACUUGCUUAAUGAUCACAGUGACAAAUGUGACCAGUGAACUCAGGAGAUGGCAACCAUUGCUCUCUGAGCAAAUUGUCCUGAUUAGAAGACUCAGGGUUGAGACCACACGGGCGAAUUGUGCAGAAUAACUGUAUGGUGAGACCAUACUGCCUCCUUUUCCAUCCCACCCACAUAUGCUAGAAACAGCGCCUUUGUAGAGGUGGAGGGGUAGGUACUAGAAUGGAGGUGAAGGGAGAUUUAAAGUCACUUCAUUUCAUUACUUAAUAAACUCUUCCCUGAAAUCUAAACUGGCAGUAGCCUGGAUUGAGUGAUUGAUGUGGAAGAGAUAGAUGUGAGAGCAGAGCUCCCGGAGAUGAGUGUAUCCCUUUGCAGCAGUUAUGUUGAUGGAAGAAUGGACUGGUUCACAGACACAUCUCAGAAUGCUGGCCUAGACUCAGGCCUGCCUCACUGCUGAGGAACCUCGGGUAAGUUCUUUAUGUUUCAGAGUCUGAGCUGCCUCCGUUUGUUUGAGACCUCACCUUACUAUCUCACCAGACUGGCCUCAAACUCAUGACCCUCCUUCCCCAGCCUGUUGAAUACUGGGAUUACAAGCACAUACCACCAUGCCUGGUUUACGCCACUUUUUGAAAGGGUUUGGGUCAUCUAUUACAUUCUGACAUCUUGUAUUAUGCAUAGUGUUUGGAUGGUACUUUGGUUUCGUCUACAGAUACUUAGAAGAGGUUUUCUCUCACUCAAAAAGUGUCUCAGUGAACAAGAGCACUCACUGCCAAAACAUGAAGACCUGAGUUCAGAUCCCAGCACCCACAGAAAAAGAGUCAGUCAGGUGUCAGGUUGACAGGAGGGUUCAGUAGGUGCCUGCUGAUGAGCCUGAUAACCUUGAGUUUGCUCCCCAGAACCCACGUGGUGGGAGGAAAAAACCAACUUCUGCAAGUCGUCCUCAGACCUUCACACGCAAGCCAUAGCACAUGUGUGCACACACAAAUACACAUUUUAAAAA